UCGCUAAUAAUCAAUUUAUGUGAAGUCGUUCAGACGAAAUGUAUCGUUUGUUUGCUUUUUUGCUUUUGUUAAAUAUGGCUUUUGGCCAUUUUCAUCAUGACUUUGACUUUCAUCAUGGGGAUGACGACGAUUGUGAUUCUGAUGACUCGGGUCCGGAUUCAGGUGAAUUCCCUAAUGGACACGGACCUCAUCAUUGGCCCGGACCUCACCAUGGGCCUGGACCUCACCAUGGGCCUGGACCUCACCAUUGGCCUGGACCUCACCAUGAGCCCGGACAUCAACAUGGUCCCGGAUGGGGACACCCGUGGCAUGAGCAUCGUCAGGAAAGUGACUUCGACAAGCUGGCUCGUCAUGUGAUCUCUGCCGACAAGCAGGUGUACGACAGUUGCAAGCAGAGCUCCUACAGCCGGGUGCGCGUGCUGGCCGGAGUGGACUUGUACUCUCUCAAGUACAAUCUGCAGGAGUUCGCGGAGAGCGGCAUCAAGGUGCAGAUAAAACACCGCGUCAUCUCGGUAACUGCAGAGGCGCAGGGUGUGGCCACCUUCAAGGACUUGAGAAUCAUCCCGGAAAUUGUGAAUGCAACUACCGCGACCUGGUUCUACGAGCAAGGUACUCUAACUGUUUUAAUGAAUUACAAAAAUCCCCUGAAAACCGAAGUCGCUUUGGGUUGUACAAGUAAUAUCAAUGAAUCUGUUAUCGAUGUCGCCAAAUCGACGAAUUCUGAGGACAAUCUGAGAAUUUCAUCUUAAAUUUUACACAAAAAACAGCUUCGAAACAUUUAUUCGUGAAAAAUGUGUGGUUGAAUGUUUUAAUUUGUAUUUUGAAAUAAAAAAAUCUACUUGUAUACUCUUUCA